UGCACCACUUCUCAGCCCCGAAGGAAAGACUGUCAAAGAGAGGGUAGCGCUUGAUCUCCUUGUUCGCCUUCAGAACCAGGAGCAAUGGCGUCUGCUACUCUCCUCAAGUCGUCUUUCCUUGCCAACAAGGCCGAAUGGGGCACCACACGCCAGGUUGCUGCUCCCAAGCCGGUGACUGUCUCCAUGGUUGUCCGUGCUAGCGCCUACGCUGAUGAGCUUGUCCAAACCGCGAAAACCAUCGCAUCACCAGGAAGGGGUAUCCUUGCCAUGGAUGAGUCAAACGCUACCUGCGGCAAGAGGCUUGCCUCCAUUGGCCUUGAGAACACUGAGGCCAACCGCCAGGCUUACAGGACCCUCCUUAUCAGUGCUCCAGGCCUGGGACAGUACAUCUCUGGUGCUAUCCUCUUCGAGGAGACCCUCUACCAGUCAACUGUUGAUGGCAAGAAGAUUGUUGACAUCCUUAUUGAGCAGGGAAUCGUGCCCGGUAUCAAGGUCGACAAGGGUCUUGUGCCACUUGCUGGCUCCAACGACGAGUCAUGGUGCCAAGGUCUUGAUGGCCUUGCUUCACGUGAAGCAGCCUACUACCAGGCUGGUGCCCGCUUCGCCAAGUGGCGCACUGUUGUCAGCAUCCCCAACGGUCCAUCUGAACUUGCCGUGAAGGAAGCUGCCUGGGGCCUUGCCCGCUACGCCGCCAUUUCUCAGGAGAACGGCCUGGUGCCAAUUGUGGAGCCUGAAAUCCUUCUUGACGGUGAGCACGGCAUCGAGAGGACCUUCGAGGUCGCGCAGAAGGUGUGGGCCGAGACCUUCUACUACAUGGCUGAGAACAAUGUGAUGCUCGAGGGCAUCCUCCUCAAGCCCAGCAUGGUCACCCCUGGUGCUGAGUGCACAGACAGGGCCACCCCUGAGCAAGUCGCCGACUACACCCUUAAGCUCCUCCACAGAAGGAUCCCUCCUGCCGUCCCGGGCAUCAUGUUCCUGUCUGGUGGGCAGUCUGAGGUUGAGGCGACCCAGAACCUGAACGCCAUGAACCAGGGCCCCAACCCGUGGCAUGUGUCCUUCUCCUACGCCAGGGCUCUCCAGAACACCUGCCUCAAGACAUGGGGCGGCCGGCCCGAGAACAUGAAGGCAGCGCAGGACGCUCUGCUCCUCCGCGCCAAGGCCAACUCCCUGGCGCAGCUCGGCAAGUACACCAGCGACGGCGAGGCCGCCGAGGCCAGCGAGGGCAUGUUCGUCAAGAACUACGUCUACUAAGUCGACGAUGCUCGCUGCUAGUACCUGCUACCUCGAGGGCACUGUAGACAGUGUGCCAUCGCAGGUUCAGACGAUGGAAAGAGAAAAGGUACACUGCAGUUUUACUAUCGUAAGUGAAAACGUGUGGAAUGGUUACUGUAUUUUCGCAUGCUUUUCUAGCUAGAGCGUUGUGGCCUUGCCUGCCUCUGUAUUUUAUCGACAAACUCGAGUAGUAGACAGAUCUUUAUGUGACCUGUGGAUUUGGUUACUGCAAAGUUUUGCAUAUUAUAUACAUAAAUUUGGUAUC